AGCUUUAGCUAGUAUUAUAAGUAAUACUGUUGGAUCCUUGCAGUCAGUGUUAUGUACGCCUUGAUACUAAUAUAUCCAAGACUCCAAAAUCGUGUACGCCUCCAAAGCUGGCCCUUAUACUCAAACCCAUAAUGCACGCUUGAGACGACGCGAUCGUGGCAACUGAGCUCGGGAGCGCCACCCAGUCGUGGCGUACCGCACACGUACACCGUUACUUGGCUGUCUCAGCCCUGUCCUGUAUACACCUCUUGCCACACCAGUCUGCGCACGACCUAUACUCAUUUUUACCCGGCUGAAAAAAACUGCAGUAUUGUGGAAAAAAAACUUGAACCGACAGCACCUGAUCGCCUAGAAGAGAACGUCCAUCCUGCCUAAUCACCUGUACGCACACAGUUUUUAUCCGUCCUAACCCACCAUGGCCUCUCUCAGAUCCCACAUUGUUGUUGACAGCUCCAUCAGUGAUUGCGUCAGCGAGUACGCUUCCAUCCUCUCGUCCUUGCAGAAGUCCACCACCGUAGAAGAGUUUGUAAACGGCGACGACAUCAACGAGCAAUUAUUCCCGGAGGUUGCCGACUCUGUUGCCUCUUUGGGCGAGCUUUCCGACCGUGAAUUUGAGCCGGCCUUCAACUUGGCCAUUUACAUCUUGUCUCAGGCCGAAGACUCCCAGUAUUUGGCGACCGCCUUGACCAGCUUGAUUGCCUUGGCCCCAACCUCCAAGCCAUCUAUCCAGGACAAGAAGUCGCUCCGCCCAACCACGGUUAUCUCCACCUUGUCUAACAUUUUCAACCUCUUGCCAGAAACCUCUCCUUUGAGAGCCACAGCGUUGAAGGCCAUCAUCACUAUCGCCUCCCAGAACAAGAUUGCCCAUAUUUUAGUCCCAUUAUUACCACACUUACAGAACUGGUUGAUCAGCGCUAAUGUCAAUGCUGCUGAGAUCCGCCAGACCGUCUUCCAGGUUGCUCGAUUGAUCGAAGUCGAUGAGCCUGUCAAGGCCUUGGACCUUGUGGAGAAGUCCGUUACCGACUUGGCUGGUGCCACCGUCGCCGAUGUUUCUGCCUUUGUCACUUAUGCGUUGAACUCCGUUGUGGUUGACUUGAACUACUUGACCAGCAUUCCAGUCGUUGCUCUCGUGCAAUCCACCCCAUUAUACACGACCUUGACUGCGUAUAACACCGGUGACUUGGCCCAGCUCAAAGCUGCCGACGUCUCUAAGGCCACCAUUGCCAAGGCUGAGUUGUUGGCUAUUGCCAAGUUCUUGCAGGGUAAGGAUGUUGUUACUUACGGUGCUAUCGCCGAAGCUAUCGGUGCUUCCGCUGACGACGUCGAACUCUUGUUGAUCAAGGCUAUCGAGCAGCAAAUCGUCCUGGGCAGAUUGAACCAGGCUACUGAGUCCUUUACUGUUCAUAAGGUGAGCGCCUUGGGCGAGUUUACCACCGAACAGUGGUUGACCGUUCAGGCAAAGUUAGAGGCCUUGAAGCAAAACUUGCAGAAUAUUCCAGAAAUUGUCGAACAGGCCAAGAAGAAGAAGGGUGGAUUUGUCACUGCUCACAAAAAGGUCAAUCAAAGAGCCGCCGCUGCCGCCGCCGCCGCUGCCGAGGGUGAAGCCACUGAAGAGUCGGAAGACGUUGAAAAAUUUGAAGUUGUUGAAGAAGUUGCCGCUGCUGCCGAAUAAGCAAGACAUCCUUCUAUUUUAAAGCCUCUUUACGAGGCCAGGUAUACUGUAUACUAGUUCAAUGCACACGGGUGUAUCCCCAGAGACAGCCCUGUUCUCUCUUUUUAUCUCUGCAUUUAAAUGUACCUCUUUAAUAUAAAUGUCAUCUUUCCA